GAAGCCAUUGCAUAAUGCAGAUUGUGCUGUCCCUGGAAGAGAGCAUCAGCGAUCACAAGCCCAGAAAGGCCAGAAAGGUAAUAUACUGAAGAUGCUCAGGGACAACAUCGUGGAGAAGCCCCUGCAGCAACGAGUCUACAGCGCCGUGGCAGCGGUACUGAAGACGGCGCGGCAAUGCAAGCGGCGGCAGAUGGCAACGAAGGACCGCAUCAAGAAGAUAGAGCGUCUCGUGCAGGUAGGUGUAUGCCAAGUUUUGGAAAACUUGCCAACACCCCUGCACGCGAUGAUUUCCGCCCAGAUGCGCAACGAGGGAAGACCCAUCUACGGACGACGCUUCACGGAAGAGGAGAAGGUACUAGCACUAAGUAUUUAUAAGCAAAGUCCAAAAGCGUUUCGAUAUUUGUCAAAAUUAUUUCUUUUGCCAAGUAUCGAAACGCUUCGGAAAUUAUUGUCGCACAUUCCACUAAGAGCUGGAAUUUGCGACAACGUAUUCCGUGAACUCGAAGAGCGGUCCGAGUCCUUUCAAGACGAGAAAAGCAGAUACGCUAUUCUGCUUUUCGACGAAAUUAAAUUAUCGCCGUCACUGGUCUACAAUCCUUCAAUGGACAUAGUUGAAGGAUUUGUAGACUCCGGUUUUUCGCGUUCACUAGAUAUCGCGGAUCAUGCCAUGGUGUGGAUGUUGAAAGGCAUACACGGAGUGCGACCUUGGAAGCAACCUGUGGCAUAUACUUUUUGUAGGGGUACAUCUUCCGCGGAGAGCAUCGUUAGGAUGUUUAAAGAAUUAGUUCGCCGUGCAUGUCAGGCCGGCAUUGUAGUUGUAGCCUCAGUUUGUGACCAAGGCAGCACGAAUUGUAAGGCAAUACAAUGCCUAAUAGAUUAUUCGAAAAGAAAUGCCUUUCAGCAGUCCAAUCCAUUGCGGCAUGAUAUAAUUGUUAUUGAUGAAAAUCGUGCCGCUCUUCGAUCCUCCGCACCUAUUAAAGUGCAUGCGGAACAAUCUUUUGACUAA